AUGUCUGAGCAGCUAGAAGUGAAGAAAGCGCACAAAGUUGACGAGACGUCAUUCCCCUACAUCUUCGAGGAGAAUGCGGAAGUCCCGCUGAAGACAAGCUCGCAAGGCAUUGUGCGAGUCAACGUCUAUAGGCCGAAAUCUACGAAAGAGGGUACGAAGCUUCCUGUGCUGGUGACUUACGGUCCGUACGGAAAGGAUAUCCACUACAAGGACUUCCAUGCAAAGUCGUACUCUGAAGUCAACCCAGAGCACCACUCCGAUCACUCAGCAUGGGAGACACCAGAUCCCGGUUUCUGGACUAAGAACGAUUAUGUUGUUGUACGCGCUGACGAGCGCGGGCUCGGGCAGUCGCCUGGCUUCCUCGACACCAUGUCGCGCGGAACGAGCGAGUGCUUCUUUGAUGUGGUGGAGUGGGCUGCUGAGCAGCCUUGGUCUUCUGGCAAAGUCGGCUUGCUCGGCAUCAGCUACUACGCUGGAUCGCAAUGGCGUGUAGCUGCCCGCAAGCCGAAGGGUUUGGCGGCUGUCAUUCCUUGGGAGGGCAUGAGCGACUACUACCGCGAUCGCUGCAGACACGGUGGUAUCUUGAGCAACAAGUUCAUCGACUUCUGGUGGAAUCGUCAAGUCAUCACGAAUCAGUACGGACGACCAGGACGUGCAGCGCGCAACUGGGGUCCCGACACUGUUGAUGGUGACCUCUCCGAAGAAAUCCGAGCGAAGAACCGACAAGAUCAAACCAUUGAUACAAAUGCGUCCAAAUACCGUGACGAGAUCUAUUAUGCAAGUAAAGAGUACGACAUGAGCGACAUCGAAGUACCAUUGCUUUCGGUGGGAAACUGGGGCGGUAUCUUGCUUCACCUUCGAGGCAACAUCGAAGGCUACACCCAUGCAGGAUCAGAGUUCAAAUACCUGCGGAUGAUCACAGGUCGUCACGAUUUGCCCUUUUUCUACAAAGAGGAAGUCGAAGUACAACGCAGCUUUCUUGAUGCAUUCUUGAAAGGCGAUGACCGGGUUGGCUGGUCUGUCAAGGGCAAACAUCCACCAGUCGAUAUUGUGCUCAGGAAGGGUGAUGUCGGCUUCGACAAUUCAGAAGCCGAGAAGAUUUACGAGAGGCGGACAGAGAACGAGUGGCCCAUCGCACGCACGCGAUACACCAAGUUCUACCUCACACCCUCACAAACACUCACACCAGUUCAACCAAUCACAAACCGCCCAAAAAAGCUAUCCUACGAGGCUUUGAGCACGCUGGAUAACCCCAAACUUCUCCAGUUCACCACCGCUCCUUUCGAAGAAGAGACAGAGAUCACAGGCCACAUCGUUGCGCACCUGAACGCGUCCCUCUCUCCCCACGCUACUGGCGCCACCCCAUCUGACAUCGACCUUUUCCUCACACUCCGUUACAUCUCGCCCGAAGGCAAAGAGGUACACUACACAGGCACAGCCGGCGACCCCAUCCCCCUCGCUAAGGGCUGGCUGCGCGUUAGUCUGCGCAAGACCAACCCUGAGCACCCCAAGCACCGCGAGUACCUGCCUUGGCGCGACUACUUCAGCACAGAUGUGCAGCCGGUCAUUCCAGGAGAUGUAUACGCGGUUGAUGUUGAGGUCUGGCCGACAAAUGUCAUCGUUGAGAAGGGUGGUAAGAUCGUGUUCGAGGUCAGCAGUGGAGAUACACAGGGCAGUGGUAUCUUCCAGCACAACCACCCAGAAGACAGGAGUGAGGAGGUGUUUGCGGGAUUGAAUCAUCUGCAUUUUGGAGAGAAGUUCGUGAACUACGUUACCCUGCCUAUUGUGCCGCCGAAAUAG